UAUCAUAUUUUACAAUAAAAGUAUUCAUUUUUAAAGUUACCAAACGAAGAAGUGCUAGAGGCUAUUUUUUGUUAGUCUUAAUACCAAAGCCUUGCCGAUAUUUAUUGUAUUUCCAUUGCAUCGCAGUAAAGCGAUUCAAAACAACAAAAAUAUUAUUUAGUAAUUGGGCCUACCUCUCUCAUUUUACUGCAAGUGCGCCCAGCUAUAUAAAAGGCACCCGCCGCCACUAACAACAUUAUCAAUCACUCAGCAAUGAGAACGAUAAUUGCGCUCGUUUUCGUUGUGGGGGCCGUUUUGGCCGACGAGGACUUCCGGGUGGUUCCGGAACUGGGCAGAGUUCCAGUCGUCAGAACCAGGACGAAUUUGCACCAUGACGACUCAGUAACCUACGCUCCUCCGGUGGUCACGUACCCUCCUGCUGAAGUCACAUAUCCUCCGGCCGCACCACCACCACCUCCUCCUCCAAGACCCGUCUACGCUCCGCCACCACCUCCCCCUGCUCCCCCUAAGCCUGUCUACGCACCCCCUCCUCCGCCUCCGGCUCCCCCGAAGCCCGUUUACGCACCCCCUAAUUUACGCACCCCCUCCACCUCCUCCUCCUCCACCACCACCACCACCAACCCCUCCUAA